AUGCGUUACCUCGCCACCCUUACUACUCUGGCUGCUGUUCUUUUCAGCACUUCUACUGCCAAUCCUCUUAUGCCCCGAGCCGACACUUGGGGUGGCUCUGUCUCUCUCGGCCCUACCAAGUCGACCAUCGUCAAGGCCGUCACUACCCUUAUUCCUGGCGUCGCGCCAUCCACCCAAAACGGCAUGCUUUUUGUAUGGCCAGGAAUGUCUAAUGGCACUGGACACCUUGUUCAGACGACCCUCGAGUCCUGGCCUGACAACUCCUGGUGUGGAGCCAAGAAAGGCGAAUGGUGCGUCCGCGCCUCACUUUUUGGAUCAUUUGGCCAGCUUGACGGCCCAGCCAGCCCAGUACGUGGCGACCAGAAAGUCAAGAUCGCGUACACCCUCCUUUCGGAUAACGAUACCUGGCGCCAGGAUGUCACCGAUGCCGACACUGGCAAGCAACUGAGCACCUUCGAAUACAAGUCCGGUCCCUAUAUGCGUGGUUAUGGAACUGGUACUGAGUGCAACAACAACUGCAGUCCUACCGUGGCCGAGCAGAGGUACAUCAAUACUGAGAUCACGCUCGCCGGUGCUGAUACUAGCUUCGGUAAGACUAUUGCCACUGCUCAGGGUGCUACCUACUCUGGUCUUACUAGCACCGACGGGGGCAAAGUUUGGAAGAUUAGCGAAAUCCGAGUUCCUAAAAUGGCUUAA